CCUUCAACCCCGACUUUUUCCUGUCUGGACGUAACCCGCCGUUACGCAAAAGCGUACAACUCAAAAACCAGACGGUGGAGAAUCGACGGCUUAGUUUCAUCACGCAACGGCCUGAAAGGGGAACGCUGGCUGAGGGCCGCGCUGAGGAGGUACCAGCCCCCGUCCGUGACGGACUUGCUGCAGAUUGAACUCAACGAGCUGAAAGCGGCCGAGCUGAAGGAGCCGAUGCCGAGGAAUGUGAUGGAUUUUAGGGAUCAUCCUGUUUAUGCUUUGGAGAGGCAUCUCAGGAGGAAUGAGGUUUUGGUACCAGGGGCGCAGGUUAGCGGGACGGUUGGUAGUGCGGGGGGGAGGGGGGGGUUGGAGAGGAUUUACAGACGGAGGGAUGUCAAGGUGGCGAGGACGAGGGAGAAAUGGUUUAGGUUGGGGAGGGUGGUGAAGGGUGGGGAGGUGCCGGUGAAGGUGCUGCCAAAGAUGAAAAGGAAGAAAAAGGGGCGGUUGGGUGAUGGUGAUGAUGAUGAGGAGGGGGAGCAAGGGGCAGGGAAUCCAGUUUUUAUUGAGAGUCAGACGGAGGUGUAUGUGCCGCCUCCGGUGGUGGGGGGGAGGGUGCCGAGGAAUAGGUUUGGGAAUGUGGAUGUUUAUGUGCCGAGUAUGGUUCCACGGGGGGGGGUGCAUCUACCUCAUGAGAGGGCGAGGAGGGCGGCGUUCGUACUGGGGAUCGAUGCUGCGCCGGCGUUGACGGGGUUUGAGUUUAGGGGGAGGCAGGGGACGGCGGUGUUGAGGGGCGUUGUGGUUGCGGUUGAGUAUAAGGGGGCGAUGGAGGCGGUUAUUCAAGGACUAGAAGAUAUGGAGGUGGAGGAGGAGCAGGAGAGAAAAACGGGAAUGUUGCUCGCCGUCUGGAGAAGAAUGUUGAAGGGGUUGAGGAUUAGGGAGAGGAUCAUGGAUGGGGUGGAUGAGGAGGCUGAGGCGGAAGCCGAGGCCAGAAAGCAAGAAGACAAGGGUAAAGCCAAAGAGGUAGACAUGCCUGAUUUCGACGACACCGCCACCCCCUUUCACGAUGACGAAGAUGAAGACUCAGCCGGAAGGGGUGGUUUCUUCCCAUCCACCAACCUCGACAGCGAUGACGAAGGGGGAGGGGGUGGGUUCAUGGUAGAAGAAGAAGAAGAAGAAGAAGGCGGCGGCUUCGUGAUAGAAUAG